AGCGACAGCUCUUUCUGCGUCAUAGCUCUGCGACUCUUCUCCCACGUUGUAUCUGUAACGUGUUUUCUUUUCUUUUCUGCAGUGAAAGGUUUAUUUUAUACUUUAUAAUGCGCCCGUUAACGGAGGAAGAGACGAAGACGAUGUUUGAAAAGCUCUCCAAGUACAUUGGUGAGAACAUCAAACUUCUUGUUGACAGACCUGAUGGAACGUAUUGCUUCAGACUUCAUCAUGAUCGUGUGUACUAUAUCAGUGAAAAGAUACUGAGGCUGGCCACCAACAUCUCUCGAGACAAGUUGGUAUCUGUUGGCACAUGUUUUGGGAAGUUCACGAAAACUCAGAAGUUUCGUCUCCAUAUCACAGCUCUUGAUUUUCUCGCUCCAUAUGCAAAGUAUAAAGUGUGGGUGAAACCUGGGGCAGAGCAGUCAUUCCUGUAUGGCAACCACAUCAUGAAGUCAGGCCUUGGUAGGAUUACAGAAAAUACACCACAGUACCAAGGAGUGGUGGUAUACUCAAUGGCAGAUGUACCUCUGGGCUUUGGAGCGGCAGCAAAAACCACACAGGAAUGCCGGAAAGCUGACCCUAUGUCUAUCGUAGUGUUCCACCAAGCCGACAUUGGCGAGUACAUUAGGAGUGAGGAUACACUGACCUAAAAGCAUUAUGGAUCUCAAAAUGGACUUUUACUGUUUGUUAGCAGCUGGACUAUGAACAAUAUCUGUCAGAUGAGCAAGAGACCAAAAUGUGCUAUUUUACCACAGGCAUUUUUACAAGUUCAGAACUGACCAUGUUAAUUAUUUUUGGACCAGUCUUUUUCCUCAUUCAGUCAUUGAAUCACUUGAGAUUGUAAUAACUCUCUACUGGUGCACUACCGGAGAAGAGUAACAUCAUUACAAAGCUUGGUGGCACAUUCAGACACCAGACUAGCCGAGAAGAUGGCUCACGUCUGUUAACUUGUGCUGUGACAUUGACUUUUUUUCUGAAAUAAUAUUCAAAUAUUGCUGAAUUUGGAAUCGCCUUCCUGUAAUUGGUUGCAUGUGUUUAAAAUGAGAAGAUCUAUGUGGAUGACAAAUACAUGUUUAUUUAGAAUUUGGUCAAAUUUGCUUAUAAACAAUUGAUUUAAUUGCUGUGGUUCCACUUUGCAGGUGAAUUAAAUAUGAUAAUUUAACA